AUUCCUAGAACGUCAUACUGUCGCAAUAUGUCGCAGGAUUCGAAAAUACUAUCGGCGGAGGACUUGUCAACGUCUGAAGCCAAAUGGGUAAAACUGAAACGAAUCCAUUGGAGCGAUCCGGAGGGCAAGCACAGAACAUGGGAGUGUGCUGAGCGUACUACCAGAGGCUCUUCAGGGAUCGACGCUGUCGCAAUCUUGGCGGUCCUUCGAUCCGAACGCAACGCUUUCCAACCAUCCACAGUCAUUGUUGAACAGUUCCGUGCACCUGUGGGCAAGUAUGUCGUCGAACUCCCCGCCGGUUUAAUCGAUGAGGGAGAGACUGCCGAGGAAACGGCUAUCCGCGAACUCCAUGAAGAGACAGGCUUCAAGGGAACGAAAGUUCUAGAGUCAUCGCCAUUACUCGUCUGCGACCCCGGAAUGACGACGGCGAACAUGAAGCUCAUUGCAGUUGACGUACCGUUCCCGGACAAGCUCGAGGUAUCUCAGCAGAAGCCAGAACCGGGCGAAUUCAUUACGGCACGGAUUGUGGAACUGCAUAAGCUUGACGAAGAGUUGAAAGCUUAUGAGAGCAAGGGUUACGUGGUUGACGCAAGGCUGUCGCAUUUCGCUUCUGGAUACGUGAUGGCAGAAAAGAUCAGGCAGAUGAAGUUUUAAAGUAAGUUCUCUGGGAUACAGAGGAGCAACGCAUCUCAAUCCCCGAGUUACGCAUUGGAUGAUGUGCCUAGUCUUUCAUGUUUAAUAGAAUCGCUUAGGUCGUCCUGU